GGCUUAUUAUUCAGGCAAUCUCCAGCUACUCUUUGCCUCUCUUAAUUGUAGAGCCUACACUGUACGCUCACUUCACACCCAGGACAGGACAGGACAGGGAAGGAAGUCAAGACAACGGGACAUAUAUAGCCGUAGAAUUGUAGUUGGUUGGAGCAUUGCUUCUCCGUGCUGAGGUCUUCUCCCCUCCCCGCGCGCCUCCACUUCGAUCUUGCCUGAGUUCCUGCAUAGGGGAGGAGAGGAGUCGGAGAGGAGUGGGAGGGGGAAGCAAUCCAAGGAGAGCUCGAUGGCGGGCGGCGGCGUGUCGGCGCUGGGCGUGAAGAAGGAGCGGGCGGCGGAGUACAAGGGGCGCAUGACGUGGGCCGUGGCCAUGGCCUGCCUCGUCGCCGCCGUCGGGGGCUCCAUCUUCGGCUACGACAUCGGGAUCUCCGGAGGAGUGACCUCCAUGGAUCCAUUCCUCGAGAAGUUCUUCCCGGUGGUGUUCCGGCGCAAGAACUCCGGACACCAGAAUAACUACUGCAAGUACGACAACCAGGGCCUGUCGGCAUUCACCUCCUCUCUGUACCUGGCCGGCCUCGUCUCCUCCCUCUUCGCCUCGCCGGUGACGAGGAACUACGGCCGGCGUGCCAGCAUUGUCUGCGGCGGCAUCAGCUUCCUCAUCGGUGCGAUCCUCAACGUGGCGGCCGUGAACCUCGCGAUGCUCAUCCUCGGGCGAAUCAUGCUCGGCGUCGGCAUCGGCUUCGGCAAUCAGGGCGUGCCGCUGUACCUGUCGGAGAUGGCGCCGGCGCACCUGCGGGGCGCGCUGAACAUGAUGUUCCAGCUCGCGACGACGCUCGGCAUCUUCACGGCGAACAUGAUCAACUACGGCACGCAGAACAUCAACCCCUGGGGGUGGCGUCUCUCGCUGGGCCUCGCUGCGGCGCCGGCGCUGCUGAUGACCGUGGGCGGGAUGCUGCUGCCGGAGACGCCCAACAGCCUCAUCGAACGCGGGCGGUCCGAGGAGGGGCGGCGCGUGCUGGAGCGCAUCCGCGGCACGUCCGACGUCGACGCCGAGUUCACGGACAUGACGGAGGCCAGCGAGCUGGCCAACACCAUCGAGAACCCGUUCCGGAACAUCCUAGAGCGGCGCAACCGGCCGCAGCUGGUGAUGGCGGUGUGCAUGCCGGCGUUCCAGAUCCUGACGGGCAUCAACUCGAUCCUGUUCUACGCGCCCGUGCUGUUCCAGACCAUGGGCUUCGGCGCCGACGCGUCGCUCUACUCCUCCGUGAUCACCGGCGCCGUGCUCUGCCUCUCCACGCUCAUCUCCAUCGGUACAGUGGACCGCCUCGGCCGGAGGAAGCUCCUCAUCAGCGGCGGCAUCCAGAUGAUCGUGUGCCAGGUGAUCGUGGCGGUGAUACUGGGGGUGAAGUUCGGGACGGACAAGCAGCUGUCGCGGAGCUACUCGAUCGCGGUGGUUCUGGUGAUCUGCCUGUUCGUGAUGGCGUUCGGGUGGUCGUGGGGGCCGCUGGGGUGGACGGUGCCGAGCGAGAUCUUCCCGCUGGAGACGCGGUCGGCGGGGCAGAGCAUCACGGUGGCCGUCAACCUGUUCUUCACCUUCAUCAUCGCGCAGGCGUUCCUGUCGCUGCUGUGCGCCUUCAAGUUCGGCAUCUUCCUCUUCUUCGCGGGGUGGAUCACCGUCAUGACUGUGUUCGUGUAUAUCUUCCUGCCGGAGACCAAGGGCGUGCCCAUCGAGGAGAUGGUGCUGCUAUGGAGGAAGCACUGGUUCUGGAAGAAGGUGAUGCCGGACAUGCCGCUUGAGGACGGGUGGGGAGCAGGAGACGGUGAGCGUGCGGAGAACAAGAAUCACAACUGAAAAUCGUAUGUAAUGUGCAUUGUUCAUUAGAUGUAUGAAACAGUUAACAUGUAGGUGGAGAUGAUUGGAGGAGGAAUGCCUUUUUAUACGCAGAAAUGCAGUUUAUGUUUAUGCUAUAA